AUUGUUCCUCCACGGAACAUUUAGGUCGGUGCACAUGAAUCGAUGUUUUCCUCUAGCAUUGUCAACACCGGCUGCUAUUCUUGUUCUUCGCGACACUUGGCUAUUUCUUAACACGCUCAGUGUGAUUCAACUUUUAAUGAGAAAUUCAUAAUUAUAGUGCAGCAAAAAAUGAACGAUUGGAAUCCCAUCGCCAGUGUAUACAACCCGCUCAAGGCAGGCAGUAUCGAUGGCACCGACCUGGAGCCCCAUGACCGGGCUGUGUGGAGGGCUAUGUUCGCCCGCUACAAACCGAAUAAAGGUGUUGUUGGGGACCCACUACUUACUUUAUAUGUCGCCCGCUUGAACCCCCAGACAACGGAGGAGAGAUUGCAGGAAGUGUUUUCGAAAUAUGGACAAAUUAACAGGCUGCGACUGGUAAGGGACAUAGUCACUGGCUUCUCUAAAAGAUAUGCAUUCAUUGAGUAUAAAGAAGAGCGAUCAAUCACCCGUGCACGUAGGGAAGCCAAUAAAUUAGUGGUGGAUCAAAACGAACUUUUUGUGGAUUUCGAACAAGAAAGGACCUUAAAAGGCUGGAUCCCACGACGCCUCGGCGGUGGACAAGGAGGAAAGAAGGAGUCGGGACAGUUGCGCUUUGGCGGAAAGGACAGACCCUUUCGCAAACCCAUAAGCCUUGGAAUGGGCCAAUUCCAAGAUUGGUCCGGUGGUGCCAGAGAAUGGGACAGAGGUUCGAAAGAAAGAUUGGACAGAGGUUCGAAAGAAAGAGAUGACAGACACACGCAGAGGGAAAGAGGACAAUCCACAAGGCCCCACGAGAGAGACCCUGAAUGGGGUAACAGAGGGGCGAGGGAUGAGCGCGACAGAGGAAGAGAAAAAGAUUCGUACAGAGAAAAGUACAGAAAUAGUGAUAGAGAGAGAGAGGACAGAAGAUCCAGUGACAAACAUAGACAUAGAGACCGUAGAUGAACACUUUUGAUGGAUAUAUUGUAUUUUUUCUCAUGAUAUUUGAGUUGAUGCUCAACACUUUUAUCUGUUUAACAAUUGUUUGGCAUUGAUGCAAUUGUGUUAAGAAUUUAGGCUGUAAAGCAAUCGGUUACGUUUAAUAUUAGGUAUGUUUCUUUUGUAAUGUUGAUGUCAUUAUCCUUUGAGAAAGUACUGAAUUGCUUCUUUCGUUUUUGAGUAAAAGUUAUCUGCAAUAACUACCUCAGACUAAGCUCCAAUCAACUGCCUCUCCACAGAUGGCUCCUACCAUCUCAUUACUUUAAUCAACCACAUAUGGACAACUAAUUAACUAUAUUUUUUAAUGAGAAUUCUGUCUUUCACCAUUACAUUAGGUACUGGUCCUAUACACUUAAAAUACCAAUAGCGAAGAUAACAAUAGCAAUGCUGCCUCAAAUGACACAGUACUUUUCCCCCCAAAAGUAGGCUACAAUGAUAAGUUGAUUAAUCAAAUUGGAUUUUAAUAAACGGUAUAGUCGUACAAAUAACAAACAUCUGCAGCUUAAUGUUAUAGUUAUAUAAAAAUAUUGGGGUCAUGGUUCAUUAUAAAUGUAAUAGUUUCGUUUUUCUUGGUUGCAUGUCUGAUAAAGUAAAAUAUGUAAAAUAAUUGUUAGAUUAAGCAACUGGAUUCCUAUUAGUUAAUUAUCAAAGAGAAAGCCAACAUUAAGGUUUUGAUCAAGUGAAAUGUAAACAUUUCUAGUUAAUCUAUUUGUUUUUCCGAAUGUUUCAGUGCCUCUUUCUGAGGCUUGGUAUUGAUGGAUGUACUACCCAUUAUCACUUAACAACUGGUGUUUGCUCGUCUGGUCGAGGUUUCACUCUUUCUGCCGCGAUUGCUGAUCUUGGUGAUGGGCCAACCAGGAUAGGUCUCUCUCUGGACGGUGGAAAAAUCAAUCCUGGAAAUCAACACACAGAUACACUCUUAAACAGGCUGUCUCUUCUGCGGAGAAAACCAUCCUGGAUUUCUAUUAACAGUGCCCUACCUGAGCGAGGGGUUGAUGGCGAUGUUGUCUGGCUGUGGAUGAACAGGUGUCCUCCUUCUACACAGAUGUUGAGAAAGAGGAGGAGGGAAGUCUUUUUGGUACAGUGACUUCAUCGUCUCCUCUGUGUCUGGCUCUUGUUUUGCAUUUCUGUUGCCCACAACAAAGUCCUCUGCCUCUGGAUUCUGACUCCCUCCACCCCUGAGCUGUCCUGUAUUUGUGGCCCUGCUCUUUGUCGUUUGGCCAGUGGGUGGCACGGUUCUUGGUGCGGUAGAACUAUGUGCAGACUCUCCUAUAGGGGGAUAAAUAAAGUCAUGGUCAAAUUGUCUGAUCACCUCAAUCACC